GGAGCCGAGAGUUGGGAAGCACACACACUAGCCGGCCACCAAGCCAUAGCAAAAUCAUGGAGUUUUCUUUAUACUCUCUCCUCCCUUUUGCCGCCUUCUUCAUACUAUUUCCUCUUUCAUUGGCUUUGAUGUUUAAGCCAAAGUCCAAAAUCUCCAGUCUUCCUCCGGGAAAGACGGGUUAUCCGUUCAUUGGAGAGAGCUAUGACUUCCUUUCCAACGGGUGGAAGGGUCAGCCGGAGAAGUUCAUCACCGAAAGAAUGGCCAAGUUCUCCCCACAAGCCUUCAGAACGUCGUUGUUUGGUGCCCCGACGAUCGUCAUGUGCAGCGCACCGGGUAACAAGUUUCUCUUUUCCAACGAGAACAGACUAGUCACGGCGUGGUGGCCCAGUUCCAUUGACAAAGUCUUUCCUUCCUCAACCCAAACUUCUUCCAAUGACGAAAUGAGAAAAAUGAGGAAGCUCCUUCCGCAAUUCUUGAGGGCCGAAGCACUUCACAAAUAUAUCGGUAUCAUGGACAGUAUAGCUCAAAAGCACUUGAACUCGGACUGGGAAAACAAAAAAGUGGUCGAAGUUUUCCCUCUCUCAAAACUAUACACGUUCUGGCUCGCUUGUCGCUUGUUCAUAAGCGUAGAAGAUCCGAAACACGUAGCCGAAUUCUUGGAGCCGUUCGAGCUCCUGGCCGCGGGGAUGUUCUCGAUACCGAUCGAUUUGCCAGGAACCCCGCUUAACCGCGCGGUCAAGGCAUCAAACUUGAUAAGGAAACAACUUUUAACGAUUAUAAAGCAGAGGAAGUUGGAUUUGGCCGAGAACAGAGCGUCGCCGACGCAGGAUAUAUUGUCUCACAUGUUGUUGACGCCUGAUGAGGACGGAAGAUUCAUGAAAGAGAUGGAUAUAGCGGACAAGAUCCUUGGCUUGCUUGUUGGAGGACAUGAUACUGCUAGUGCUACCAUUACUUUUAUUAUCAAGUACCUGGCCGAGCUACCUGAAGUUUAUGAAAAGGUUUACCAAGAACAAAUGAAGGUUGCCGAAUCAAAAGCUGAGGGAGAGCUCCUGAACUGGGAGGACGUGCAAAAGAUGAAGUAUUCUUGGAAUGUAGCAUGCGAAGUACUAAGACUUGCACCGCCCCUCCCGGGAGCUUUCAGGGAGGCCAUUUCGGACUUUAUGUAUGCCGGUUUCUCUAUCCCAAAGGGAUGGAAGCUGUACUGGAGUGCACACUCUACCCAUAGAAAUCAUCAGUACUUCCCUGAGCCUGAAAAGUUUGAUCCUUCAAGAUUUGACGGGAAUGGGCCAGCGCCUUACACUUACGUUCCUUUCGGAGGUGGGCCUCGAAUGUGUCCUGGGAAAGAAUAUGCUAGAUUGGAAGUUCUCGCCUUCAUGCACAACUUGGUGAAAAGAUUUAGGUGGGAGAAGGUAAUUCCGGAUGAAAAGAUCGUUGUAAAUCCAAUGCCCGUCCCGGAAAAAGGCCUUCCAAUUCGACUUUUCCGUCACCAGCGGUAAAAUAUACUUUGCAGUACAGCAAAGCCCGUUUGCAGAAGCUUGGUUUUCCAGAGUGCUUGCAAUAAAAAAACAUAUGCAAUUAUUUUCCUAUUUAUCCCUAAGCAUGUUCCUUCCAUCUUUAAAUUAAGAAUUUGGGGGAAUGUAAUAAUUCUUCUUACUGUGUGGUGUUUAGCAUAGUAGAAUUAUACUAUAUGCUUCCUGUUACACUUUAUUUCUUUCUUUAUUUUGUAACAAUAUAAGUACACUUCUUUCUUUC